UUUUUAAUUCUAAUCAUGCUGUUAAAAUUAUUGUGGAAUGGGAUAUAUCUAAAAGUGUUCCCCUCCUUGUUGGCUAAACAGAUGAGUGCUCCACCUCCUACUACUCCAGCAUCGGCUACUUCUCAAGUUCCUGUAACGACGCCGGCACCUGUUCCCAUUCCCCCUCCAGCUCCAGCUGGCACUGCCGUGUCAGAUGUAUAUGACCAAGCUGCAUCUAGUCUCGUUGCUGGCAACAACCUAGAUGGAGCGGUCCAGCAGAUUCUUGAUAUGGGUGGGGGAACUUGGGACAGAGAGACAGUUGUCCGAGCUCUUCGUGCCGCUUUCAACAAUCCAGAGAGAGCAGUUGAAUAUUUGUACUCAGUGAGUGUGUCAAAUUUCUAUCUCUAUGUGCAUACAAAUCUUUCUUUGAUGCUUUUUAUAAUAAUGAGAUCUAGGUCAAAUAGAGAAGUACUAAAUCAGAUAUUUUAUUCGUUUGUUUACAAUAUGUUUUAAGCACUUAAUCGACUGCAUGUUGUACUGUCUUGAGUCGCUAAAUCUGCAAUAUAAUG